AUGACGACUCCAGACGCACCGAAAUUUGGUGUAAAAUUUCCUUCACGUAAAGAAAGAACAGUUAAAUUGGUUACGAAAUGUGAAACACGAGAAAUUCAAAAACGUCUUGAACCACCAAAACCACCUCGAGUUCGUCCACCACCUAAACCAAAAGUACCGAAAAAACCCAAACCACGACCAGCUACACUUGCUAAACCACUAAAGCCAACAAAACCUUCUGGUGAUCCACGAUCUCGUUCUAAUGGACGUCCUACAACAUCUAUUUCAUCUCGAAGAACAGCAGCUAUACGACCACGUACUUUACAAACAACUGAUUUAGAAAAAUUAGCUCGUUUAACUUGUUCACGUGAAUUUAGUCUUUUUCAUCAAUUUAUCAAACCGGAAUUAUCAAAAGCCUAUGAAAAUCAAUUAGCAUUUUUACAAACAAAAUUACAGCAUUUGAAAAAUGAAUUUGUUAAUAAACAAGCUGAACAUUUAAAUUUUGAACAAAUAAGAGAUUAUUAUAAUCAGGCUCUGACUGAUCAUGUACGACGUAAUAUUAAACCAGACGAAUAUUUAACAUUAGCUAAUAAACUUAAAGAUGAUACAAAACAGGCAAUUGAUAAGUGGCUUAGAAAAAAAGAAUUUAAACCACAACGACAAAUACCAGAAUAUUUACAAAGACGUCAAGAAUGUAUACGAGAUCGAAUUAAAGAAACAAUGGUAGAACAAAAAAGACAACAGCAAGCAGCUAAAGAAACUGAUAUUGCAACAAAAAGUAGCAUUACAGUCACUUCAGGAAAAACAGUAGCAAAACCGGCAACUACAACAGUAGUGGAUGACGAUGAUGAUAUAAUGAUAAUUGAUUAG